AUGGAUAAGUUUGUAACAAGAAGCAGAGCUCCCGUUGAAGAACAAGAAGUUGAAUUGGGCAACCUUCCUGCAGAUCCAGGGUUGCGAAUUCCAAUUUCAGAUUAUCAUCCCAAUCUCAAAGGUAAGGUAAGAAGAGCUUAUUUACAGAAAGGAGCAUGUCAACCAUCUCAUAAUUUUAAGAAACGUAAAAUUGGGAAUUUGUUACGACGUUUCAACCUCAAUUGGUUCAAUGAAUAUAAAUUGUGGUUGGGGUAUAGUGUAGAAAAAGAAGCUGCGUUUUGCCUGUAUUGUUAUCUUUUUAAGUCUGAUAAUAAACAAGGUGGGGAUGCUUUUGUUAAAGAGGGUUUUGAUGCUUGGAACAAAAAAGAGAGAUUAGAUUUGCACGUAGGAGGUCCUAACAGUGGACAUAAUCAAGCCCAGAGAAAAUGUGAAGAUUUGAUGAAACAAAAUCAGUAUAUAGAUGUGACAUUAAAUAGGCAUUCAGAGCAGAUUAAAAAUGAAUAUCGAAUUCGUUUGGGUGCUUCAGUUGAUUGUCUCCGUUUUCUUUUAAGACAAGGUAUUGCUUUACGUGGUCAUGAUGAAUCUAAUGGAUCAAUAAAUCAAGGAAAUUUUCUUGAUGGCAAUCUUAAGAUAUCGUCUCCAGACAUUCAACAUGACAUUGUCAAUGCUUCUGCGGUAGAAACUCUUAAUUAUAUUAUUCAUGAUUUAGGAGAUGAUUUGUUUGCUAUUUUGAUUGAUGAAUCAUGUGAUAUAUCAGUGAAAGAACAAAUGAUUGUUAUCUUGAGGUAUGUUGAUAAAAGAGGUCAUGUAAUUGAGAGAUUUAUUGGUAUUGCACAUGUUCCCAAUACAAAUGAUGCGUCACUUAAAGUAUGCAUUGAUUCAUUGUUUGCCAAGCAUGGAUUGAGUAUAUCCAAGAUAAGGGGACAAGGCUACGAUGGAGCGAGUAACAUGAGGGGGGAGUUUAAUGGCUUAAAAAGUUUAAUUAUGAGAGAAAAUGAAUCAGCUCAUUACAUCCAUUGUUUUGCUCACCAACUCCAACUCACAUUAGUUGCUAUUGCUAAAAAUAAUGUUCAUGUUGGGAGCCUCUUUAACAUGAUUGCAAAUUUAGUGAAUGUUGUUGGAGCUUCUUGUAAGCGUCGAGAUAUACUUCGAGAUCGUCAAGCUAUUCAUAUAUAUGAAGCAUUAGCAAUUGGAGAACUUGCAAGUGGACAUGGAUUAAAUCAGGAAACAACUCUGAAAAGAGCCGUAGAUAUAUCAUAUAUCUACCAAACUGAAAAUAAAAAGAGAAAUCACAGAAAUUGA